ACGUUAUGUAUACGUACCAUGUAUACGUUUAAUGUACCACUCGCGAAUGUAUACUACAGCACAUGGGCUCGGAGUGGUACGUUGACUGUAUUAAACUCAUAGGCAGUUUUAUAAUACCCUAAAGUAAUUACAAAGAGACCAGUUUGGUAACAUUCCAAUUUGAGUUCAGAUCAAGUGCGAUUUCCACUAUGGAUGUACCUAGUCUGACGAAUCUUCUGUUUUGUUCCGUGAUUUUACUGGGAUUUCUUGACGAUAAUUGUGUUGGCCAGAAGCUUGAGAUUUCCGCUUUCGAAUACAACCGGAAGUUUGGAUCAACUCUGGACAUCGGCCAGUGUUCCCUUAAAAUUGAACAAAUUUCACCUAAUGUUGCAGUAACCAGGAGCUGCAAUCUUCCAAAUAAACAAGGACCAGUGAGAAGCGUCUCGAAGGUCCUCAACGACACACGAAACUUCGAAGUUCGACAAUAUAAUGAUAUAUUCGUGUUCAUGGGAUUGUGCGACGCUAAGACAGUGACCAGUCUGGGGAUCUUACAUAAAGGCGACUGUUUCGCGGUGGAAAUAGCCAGUAAUCUUACAUUCAACCGUAAGACCUACAUCCGGGCGUAUGUUGAGUAUUAUCGCCGGAGUGUGGAUAUCCAAGAGGACGGUGCGGCCGUAAGUCCAGUAAUGGCACAAUAUUAUGAUGGCGCCUACUACUUACGAGACAGAAGCUACGGCAUGUUGGAAAUUAUAGUCGUUGAGAUGAAGUUUCGGCAUUCUUCCUCCGUUGGGAUAUUGAAAAAAUCCAACUUUCAGUCACAGUCCCUGUCGAGUCACUUAAAAUUUGCCGAGCGUGAGGUCGGACAACCAUACAAUACAAAGAUUAUUCGGAUAUCAACUGCAGAGAACCAGAUUGAAAUGACCCAGUUUAAAAAGAAAGAUUUCACACAGGCAUACAGAAAUGUGAAGCGAUAUGAACAAGACCUUUACCGUAUCCGUGAGGAAAUGUAUUCACGGAAGCCGCAUCUUAAUUACGGGAUGCUACCAUUUCUUCCCAAACCCAGAGCUUCAGCACUUUCCACUGGUGGAGAUAUGUUGACAUGGGAGACCGCUACAGGAAUAGAGAUCAUGAUCAACCGGGGUAUUACCAUCUAUAAAACCCUCAAACGGACGUGUAACCGUGCAAAGAUCACCAUUUGCAGCCUCUUGAGAUACGUCAAACGAGAACUGCGAAGCAUCAAAACAAUGAUUCACAGCAAGAGGUCAAAAUGGAGCUAUCUCCCCGCUGAUGAACAAGUCACGACCAACAAAUUAUAUAGUUCACGCAUGCGUAGAAUGCAAAAGGAAAUUGCAAGAAUCCGUCGAAGUCUAAAACAAUGGCGUAUUCAGCAAAGAAAAGCAAAGACUGCAUUAAAGCUUGCACGACGACAAAGACAGCAAAAGGCAAAAAACCAGUCAGUAAGGAAGACGAAAAAGACGAUGAAAAACAACCGAGUGCAAAUUUCAUGACAGUAGCUGUGUAAAUUUAUAUUCAGAUCUAUGUUAAUGAAAUGCUUGAUUGGGAUAAAUCAUUAAGGUAAAAAAACUCGUGUUAUCCGAAUAGGGCGUGCCUUGAUGAGUCGCUUUACGUAAUAACUCUACAAAAACCAUUGAAUUUGGAAUUUUACAGUGACUUAUGUUGGCAUAUCCUCAGAACUUGAGAAGCAUCUUACCGGAUCAUUGAAUGUUGUACAUAUUGUACAUAGAAUUAUCGUUUUCGUAGGAAUGUGUGAACUAUUUUAAAAGUUUCUAUCAAAUUAAUGUGCCAAAAUAUGGCGACAUCUUAUGAACCUUAGAAAAAAGGAGUUACUUGUAAUUGUUCUGGAUGUAAUGGAGCAAUGCAACCUUGUCCAAUAUAAGAUUUUAACUUGUAAAUAGUAAUGUGAGCUUUUCAGAAAACAACUUUUAUUGCAUAAAUGUUCCACUACAAAAAUGGAGACAUUAUAUAAACCAUGUGUUUACUAGUAUUGCCUGGAUGUUACGGAGCUGUACAAUGUGCAAUGUAAUGUGGCAUUUGUGCAACUUAUGUGUCCAAUACAUGAUUGUUGUUUCUAAUCUGUUCGAAUUAUGAGAACAAAAACAGCUGAUUUGUGAAUGUAUUUCAGAUCCACUGAAGCAAGAGAAUUUAACUGUCUGUUAACUCUAAC